AUGAGUGGGUUCCGUGUACUGUCGCUUGUGCGACCAUUUAUGUCGGUGCUGCCGGAGGUAUCCUCGCCGGAGCGCAAGGUGCCAUUCCAGCAGCGUAUUAUGUGGACAGCCAUCGUGCUCGCCAUCUACCUCAUCUCGUCGCAGAUUCCGUUGUACGGUAUCAUGUCGAGUGAUAGCUCUGAUCCGCUAUUCUGGAUGCGUGUAAUUCUUGCCUCUAACCGUGGCACGCUCAUGGAACUCGGUAUUUCGCCCAUCGUCACGUCCGGUAUGAUUAUCCAGCUCCUUGCGAGCGCCAACCUCUUGCAGGUCGACUUCAGCCUGCGUGAGGACCGUAUGCUGUACAGCGGCGCCCAAAAGCUUUUCGCAUUGAUUCUCUCUCUCGGUCAGGCUACAGUUUACGUGCUCACCGGCCUCUAUGGUCCGCCGAGUGAGCUCGGUGCCGGUGUGUGUCUCCUGCUCAUUCUGCAGCUCGUCGUUGCCGGUCUCAUUGUCAUCCUCCUCGACGAACUGCUACAAAAGGGUUACGGUCUUGGAUCAGGUAUCUCACUGUUCAUCGCUACCAACGUGUGUGAGACAAUUGUGUGGAAGGCCUUCUCGCCCACGACGGUCAACACAGGCCGUGGUCCUGAAUUUGAGGGUGCAAUCGUGGCUCUCUUCCACCUGCUCUUUACGUGGAAUAACAAGACACGUGCACUUAAAGAGGCUUUCUACCGUGAGCGUCUGCCGAACGUGUCGAAUCUGAUCGCUACGCUCGCUGUGUUCCUGGUCAUCAUUUAUUUGCAGGGCUUCCGCAUUGAGAUUCCUAUCAAGUCGACGCGUGUUCGUGGCCAGCUAGGUGCCUUCCCUGUCAAGCUCUUUUACACAAGCAACAUGCCUAUCAUGCUUGUGAGUGCAUUGACGUCGAACUACUUUAUUAUCAGCCAGAUGCUGGCUUCGCGUUUCCCCUCUAACAUGUUCGUCAACCUCCUCGGCACAUGGGACCGAACGGAAGACAGCCCUCAGCUGCAUGCCAUCGGCGGCAUUGCAUACUACCUCUCGCCACCCACGAGUAUGGCAGGUGUGUUCCGUGAUCCGAUCCAUGCCCUCGUUUACAUUGCCUUUACACUCACUUUCUGCGGUGUUUUCUCCAAGGUUUGGAUCGAAGUGUCAGGCAGCGGCCCUCGUGAGAUUGCUAAACAGCUCAAGGACAACCAAAUGGUUAUUGCGGGACACCGUGAUGCUGGCAUGUACAAGGAACUCAAGCGCGUCAUCCCAACCGCGGCAGCAUUCGGUGGUGCGCUGAUUGGUGCUCUGUCUGUUGUGGCCGACCUGUCGGGCGCGCUCGGCUCCGGCACGGGUAUCUUGCUCGCUGUCACGAUCAUCUACUCGUACUUUGAGAUGGGAAUGAAGGAAGCAACAGGUAUUAGUGGCAGCCCCCUGGCUGACCUGAUCGGAUAA